AUGGCUCCCAAGAAGGUCCUCGUCGUUCUCACCUCCCACGACAAGAUUGACAAGAUCAACAAGCCCUCUGGCUGGUACCUGCCUGAGUUCGCCCACCCCUGGAAGGUCCUCUCGGACAAAAACGUCGAAUUCACCGUCGUCUCCCCCAAAGGCGGCGCCGCGCCGCUGGACCCGUCCUCGGUCGAGCUCUUCAAGCAGGACCCCGUCUCCGUCAGCUUCCUCGAGAACCAAAAGAGCCUAUGGGAAAACACGCUGCCGCUGAAGCAGUUCAUCGGCCGCUCGGGCGACUUUGACGCGCUCUUCUACCCGGGCGGCCACGGCCCCAUGUUCGACCUCGUCGACGACGCCGACUCCAUCAAGCUGAUUGAGGAGUUUUACAGCGCCGGCAAGGUCGUCGCCGCCGUGUGCCACGGCACCAUCGCGCUGGUCAACGCCAAGCAGGGCAACGGCGAGCCGCUGCUCAAGGGCAAGGAGGUGACGGGCUUCACCAACGCCGAGGAGGAGGCCGUGCAGCUGACGAGCGCGAUGCCGUUCCUGCUCGAGGACCGCGUCAAGGCUGUCGGGGCCAACUUUGUGCAGACGGAUGCUUUUGGGAACAAGGUGGUUGUUGAUGGGACGCUGAUUACGGGGCAGAACCCGGCGUCGGCUACGGAGCUGGGCGAGGCGAUUGCCAAGGCGAUUGCGGCUUAG